CCAGCAUGCCUAUGAUUUCUGUGCUGGGCAAAAUGUUUCUGUGGCAGCGUGAAGGGCCUGGAGGACGAUGGACUUGUCAGACAAGUCGCAGAGUGGCCUCGGAUCCGGCGUGGGCUGUGGAGUGGAUCGAACUUCCUCGGGGCCUCUCUCUAUCUUCCUUGGGAUCUGCUCGGACCCUCCGAGGCUGGAGCCGGUCCUCCCGCCCUUCCUCAGUGGACAGCCAGGACUUGCCAGAGGUGAAUGUUGGAGACACAGUCGCGAUGCUGCCCAAGUCCCGAAGAGCCCUAACUAUCCAGGAGAUCGCUGCGCUGGCCAGAUCCUCCCUGCAUGGUAUUUCCCAGGUAGUGAAGGACCACGUGACCAAGCCCACUGCCAUGGCCCAGGGCCGAGUGGCUCACCUCAUUGAGUGGAAGGGCUGGAGCAAGCCAAGUGACUCGCCCGCUGCCCUAGAAUCAGCCUUUUCCUCCUACUCAGACCUCAGUGAGGGUGAACAGGAGGCUCGCUUUGCAGCAGGAGUGGCCGAGCAAUUCGCCAUUGCAGAAGCCAAGCUCCGGGCAUGGUCAUCAGUGGAUGGGGAGGACUCUACCGAUGAAUCCUAUGAUGAGGACUUUGCUGGGGGAACUGACUCAGACAUGGCUGGGCAGCUGCCCCUGGGGCCCCACCUCCAGGACCUCUUCACCGGCCACCGAUUCUCCCGGCCUAUGCGCCAGGGCUCCGUGGAACCCGAGAGCGACUGCUCGCAGACCGUGUCCCCAGAGACCCUGUGCUCUAGUCUGUGCAGCCUGGAGGACGGGUUGUUGGGCUCCCCGGCCCGCCUGGCUUCCCAGCUGCUGGGCGACGAGCUGCUCCUCGCCAAACUGCCCCACAGCCGGGAAAGUGCCUUCCGCAGCCUGGGCCCAUUGGAGGCCCAGGACUCGCUCUACAACUCGCCCCUCACAGAGUCCUGCCUUUCUCCCGCUGAGGAGGAGCCAGCCCCCUGCAAGGACUGCCAGCCGCUCUGCCUGCCGCCAGCGAGCAGCUGGGAACGGCAGCGGCAAGCCUCUGACGUAGCUUCUUCUGGGGUGGUGUCCUUAGACGAGGAUGAGGUGGAGCCAGAGGAACAGUGACCCAAAUCAUGCCCGGUGGUGGCAUGUGUCCCCUGGCCGCUGCUGGGGGCAGAGCCUCUGUGCCCAAGCAUGGGCGAGGCUUCCAGCAGAGCUCCAAAGCCUGGAGGGCUCCUGGGAGCACUCACUCCUCCAUUGUGUGUUUGCAUGAAAGUGUUCAGAGGAGGCAGGGGCCAGGCUGGGGGCGCAUGUCCUGCCCCCACUCCUGGGGUUUGCCGGGGGUUGCCCGGGGCCCCUGGGGCAUGGCUACAGCUGUGGCAGACAGUGAUGUUCAUGUUCUUAAAUCAAAACCACCACGUGCACAUUUCCCCCUUGGGUGAUGUGAACCCCUAUGGGGGCAGCUGUGACUGGGCUGUGUGGGGUGGAGCGGGAGGGAGCCCUGCCUCCCCACCCCCUCCCCCUGCCUCUCCUCUGCUUCUCUCCUCACCUCCGAGUCCAUGUGUAGUGCUUGACAGAAUUGCCCCUGCCCGGGGUGGGGGGUGGCUCUGGCCCUCCUGGAGCCUCUGGAUUGAGCUGUCCCCCCAAGGGCCCCUCGCCCAGCUGGGCUCGUGCUGUGCUUCACCUGUCCAUCAUCUCUAAAUCUUCUUUUUC